AUGCAAUUCAAAAACUUACUUGCUACUACAGCUUUACUCAUGACAGCCAACGCUGCCGUCGUUGACCACGAUGUCAUUGCGGAGAGACACAUUGAAGUUGCUGCUGAUGUUGCUGCUGAUGUCUUGGGCUUGGUCAGUGCUGAACAAAGUGCUGAUGUUUCAGUACUCAAGAAGAGACACAUUGAAGUUGCUGCUGAUGUUGCUGCCGAUGUCUUGGGCUUGGUCAGCGCCGAACAAAGUGCUGAUGUUUCAGUACUCAAGAAGAGACACAUUGAAGUUGCUGCUGAUGUUGCAGCUAACAUUUUGGGAUUGGUCAGCGCUGAACAAGCUGCCGACGUCUCAGUUCUUAAAAGACACAUUGAAGUCUCAGCUGAUGUUGCUGCUGAUGUCUUGGGCUUAAUCAGCGCUGAACAAAGUGCUGAUGUUUCAGUACUCAAGAAGAGACACAUUGAAGUUGCUGCUGAUGUUGCAGCUAACAUUUUGGGAUUGGUCAGCGCUGAACAAGCUGCCGACGUCUCAGUUCUUAAGAGACACAUUGAAGUUGCUGCUGACGUCGCAGCCAAUGUUUUGGGACUAGUCAAAGCUGAACAAGCUGCCGACGUCUCUGUGCUUAAAAAGAGACACAUUGAAGUGUCAGCCGAACAAGCUGCCGAUGUCUUGGGCUUGGUUAGCGCUGAACAAAGUGCUGAUGUUUCCGUCCUCUAG